GCAGAUAGACGCCUGUCAGCGCUCUCCCCUGGCAACGGGGCUGGUCGCUCCGGGGAAAAAUCCUUGGACAGCCCAACCGGAAAUCAGAAAGCGAAUCCAGUUGGUGAAGCUGGAAAGGUGCUGGGAAGAUUUCAUCUCUUCCGGUGUUUAGAGAGCCGUGCCAGACACAGGAAGGAUGGGGAACAGCGAGAGCCACUCCGGGCGGCCCGUUUGUUUGCAUUUUUUCCCGCAGGAGCAGGCCGAGGUGGACAGACUGUUUGAUGCUCUGUCAGAGAAAAGCGACUCAAGUACCUCGCCCAGAUCCUUCUCCCUGAAGGCCCUGAAGAGCCACAUUGGGGAAGCUCUUCCCCCAGAGAUGGUCGUCAGACUGUACGAUGGCAUGCGGAGGGUUGACAUGACAGGAAAGGCCAAGGGGCCCAGCGGGAGUGUCUCCCAGGAGCAGUUCACAGUGUCGAUGUCCUACCUGCUGAAGGGGAACUCCAAGGAGAAGAGUCUCAUGAUCCUGAAAAUGGUUUCUGCCACAGGUGGUCCUGUGAAAGCAGGAGAAGUCCAAAAGUUUACAGAGGAUCUCGUUGGCUCUGUAGUGCACGUGCUAACCCACAGACAGGAGCUGAGAGGCUGGACUCAGAAGAAAGCCCCAGGCCCCCCGCCCAGGGUGCAGGUCCUGGCUGCUCAGCUGGUCUCCGAGAUGAAGCUUGCAGACGGCAAGAAGCUGCCGGGGCCUCAGUGGCUGGACUGUGACUGUGACCUAGCUGUGAUCGAGGACUGGGUGUUCAGGGUCCACCUGGUGGCCACAUUCCUGAGUGUGGUCAUCCACAGAGGCUUUCUCCUGCACUUCUCCCUCGAUCUACCCACUCUGGUCCCCCAGCGUGAGGUUGACCGGGGCCAGGAGUUUGAGAGUGUCCUGGACGUGCUGUCGGUCAUCUAUGUCAACUCCCACCUGCCCAGGGAGCGGCAGCACCGCUGGCGCCUGCUCUUCUCGUCCAAGCUGCACGGGCACAGCUUCGCGCAGCUCUGCGGGCACAUCCCACACCGGGGGCCCUGCGUGCUGCUCCUCGAGGACCGCGAUGGCCAUGUCUUCGGUGGCUUUGCCUCCUGCUCCUGGGAAGUCAAGCCUCAGUUUCAAGGGGACAACAGAUGCUUCCUGUUCUCCAUCCUGCCCAGCAUGGCUGUGUACACUUGCACGGGCUACAACGACCACUACAUGUACCUGAAUCAGGGGCAGCAGACCAUCCCAAAUGGACUGGGCAUGGGUGGGCAGCAUAAUUACUUUGGGCUGUGGAUUGACGUUGACUUUGGGAGAGGACACAGCAAGGCCAAGCCCACCUGUACCACGUACAACAGCCCUCAGCUGUCAGCUCAAGAGGACUUCCGGUUUGAGAAGAUGGAGGUGUGGGCGGUUGGAGACCCCUCCCAGACAGAGCUGGCCGCCCAGAGCAAGAGUGUUCUCGAUGGGAACAUUGAGGCCCAGGUCCUGCUGCAUAUCACUGGGCACACUCGCCACAGCGACGGGCUCCGGGAAAUCCCCGACCAGGAGUGAGGAGGAGACCGGAGCACGAACCCCUGGACGAGAGCACACAGCUUGCCCACCUUGUCCCCGUCCUGUGCACGCCCGGUUUUGACGCAGAGCUGCGCUAGCCACGUCCAGGUUGUCCUGGACGUGCUCAGUCGGGACAAUAAAAUUUCUCUGAUGAUUAGUGGGUAUAUGUCCCAGGUAACCCGAGUGUCAAAUCAGUAGCUUAGCUCUUUUAUACUCUGUUAAUUUAGACCACUGAGAUGCAAGGACACUGAGACGUUUGGGGUCUCUGGUGGAGUCAGCAUUUCAUGGGCAAGUGAGUGCUGUGUGUAGGGGGUUCCCUCGCUGGGGGUCUCUCAGCCUCUGGCCAGGCCUCCCCAGUUAAAGUGCCUUGACUUCCAUUUGGACUGGUGAGGGGCAGAGGCGUUUGAAUGGGAAUCUCAAUGUUUUUCAAUGUGUUAAUAGGGGGAAAUAGUCCAAGAUUUUGGAGAUAACAGUGGCAUUGGUCUUCACUAGGUGUUUAUGAUAAGGGUCCCUAUCUGCCUUCUUAGCUGCUUCUAAAGGAGUAUGUGCCAUGAGCGAAUGGGAAAAUGAGGAGACAGAGGCCAAGUUGGGUUUCUGUUGCUGAUCUGGUGUGGGGGACGUCUGGAGGCCCCUGUGUGGCCCGUCGCAUGCGUUAGUGGUGAGGGGCUUGCAGCACUGUCCUGGGCUCUGGGCCUCCAGACACGCCCCUGCCAGGACCGGCUCCCUGCUCCUCUCCGCUCCCACGGGGAGGGCUGGCAGUUCCACGGUUUGGGCUUGAUUGAAACACACCCCAGAGCUCCUGCCAUGUUAGCAACCGCUUAGGUGGGCUGGGCUUCCGAGCAGAACUGCCACCUCCCAGGCCUGGAAGAGCUGUGUAAACACACUGUGCGAAUCCCUUCCUUCAAGGAGCUGGGGGUUCCUCCCUCAGACAUAUACCUCAUCCUCCUGUCUUUUGCUAUGCACUUGGACCUUUUAUUACAGAGUUUACCCUGAUUAUAAGCCAUAGCAAACUGAACUGUCUGCAUUUUGAAGGUUUUGCAUUUUCUACCAGGAGGCUCAUCAACCUUUGCACUUAGCAGUGCCCUUGACUGAGCAGAGGGACCCUGCAAAGUAGCCUUCACAAGGAAAGCGCACACUCAGGCAGUGCGUGGAGGGUGUGCGGGGGCAGUAGCGUGACACACACAGAUUUGGUCAUGGUUGAUUUUCCUUGUGAAAAGCCAGUUUUGCCCUGGCUGGUGUGACUCGGUUGGGUCUUGUCCUGAGAACGAGAAGGCCACCAGUUCGAUUUCCAGUCAGGGCUCAUACAAGAGGCAUUUGUCAAUUUUGCUCACAUUGAUGUUUCCCUUUUCUCUCUCUCU